GAUGAUCACAGUUGAAAAGUAGAAUCGUAUUUCAGUCAAUUGCAACCACAUCCAAAACACGCAGGAACAAAAUUGGCUGCUAUAUCUUUGAGCUCAGGUAAAGCAACAUUUAGCCAGACAUGAAAACGGCAACAGAUGACCUCAUAAAUGCUUUGGGAAAUCCAGGAAAAUUUCAAGUACUUUUGUAUCUUUAUCUCGCAACAAAUUGGACUUAUUGUUCUUGGAAUCAUCUUGGGAUGGCUUUUCUUGCAGCAAAGACUGAUUAUUCGUGUAAAAUUGAUAACAACUCUAACGCCACUCCACUGGCUUCUCUUCCGUUUUUGGAGAACGGGAAGCGGCAGUAUGAUCGAUGCCAUGUUUAUGGCGGCUUUAAUUCAACUGAAAAAAUACCCUGUCCAAAUGGCUGGAUAUAUAAGCUACCAGACCGCGAAAGCACAAUAAUAUCAGAGUGGGAUCUGGUCUGUGGUAAUGCUUACAAAGCAAGCCUCUCAAUAACAUUGUAUUUUGUUGGAGUAAUGUUGGGUAGUUUGACUUUUGGUUUGCUUUCUGACAAGUUUGGAAGAAGACCAGUUUUUCUAUGCACAAUGACAACUCCGUUUUUUGUUGGUUUGCCACUUUUAUUUACGAAGAACUUUGCUGUUUUUGUUGCUCUGCGGUUGCUAUUAGGAUUUCUUAUCCAGGGUGUACAAAUUGUGAGUUUUACGAGAAUGAUUGAAAUAACCUCAACUCGGUAUCGUACAUACAGUGGAUUUGGUGUUGGAUUUCCGUGGGCCAUAGGAAUGAUGUUGUUUUCAUUAUUUUCGUAUCUAAUUAAAGAUUGGCGUUACAUACAAUUGCUUUCUACAACAGUGUGUCUCCUUCAAAUUGGCCAAUUUUGGUUUUUACCUGAGUCAAUUCGUUGGUUGUUGAUAAAUCAAUGUUUUGACAAAGCAGAAAACGUUGUUCACAAAAUAAGUAAAUUUAACAAUAUUCCUGUGCCAACGACACUUAUGCAAGGGACCAUAAAUGAAGUAAAAGAUAAACAACAAUCAGAAGAUGAAACUGAACAACAAAAAAUUACAUUUGUUUUUAACUUGCUCAAGUCCAAUGUUCUACGAAGACGAACUUUGAUAUUGAUGGUUGUGUGGUUUUCCACCUCUCUUGGUUACUACGGUCUCACUCUUAAUAUCUCUAAUCUGGCGGGAAGUAAAUACCUCAAUUACUUUAUCAGCGCUGUACUGGAGAUUUUCAUCGUCAUCGUCACGAUCAGUAUAUCUAAACGUUUCGGACGACGUCGCCCACUCUCUGUUUACUGUCUAAUUGGAGGCAUUCUACUUAUUAUUGCUGGAGUGAUACCAAAAUCAAAUUCAAGAAUUCAUGUGUUAGUGACCAUCAUGGCAUUAAUCGGAAGAAUGUUUUUGACAGGAAUCUUUUCCAUCAUAUUCGUAUUUACGUCAGAACUAUAUCCAACACCCAUGAGAAACCUUGGUCUUGGAGUUGGAAUAUUCUGGGCUAGAGUUGGUAGCAUUGCUGCUCCUCAAAUUUUGCUUUUGGGAACUUACACCAGUGAUGUGAUGUCUAUGUUGACGUUUGGCUGUCUCGUGUUGAUAUGUGGAAUUCUUGUGUGCUGGUUGCCUGAAACUUUUAAUGUACAUUUGCCCGAGUGCAUGAAGGACGCAGAAAAGCAAGUCGCUAAACGAAAGAAACAAGACAAAGCUUGUAUUGAGAAUGAAGAAUCAAAAGACGUGGAACUCAAACCACUAAACAAAAAUGCUAAGAAUUAAUGGCAAUUGAGAUAGGCCUAGCUGUUUACCAAAAUAUAAGCAUGCAUGUACCUUACAUACUGUCCUCAAUACAAGAUUUUUUAUAAAAGGCUUACAACAUAAUCAAUAAUUGUUAUCUAAAUUCUACUAACAAACUUUUAUUUUGUAACAAAAUGCUUUUGAAAACUGCUCAUUGUACACUUUUAUUUGCAAAUUUGAUCAAUAGUUUUAGCACCUAUAAAAUGAAAACUUCCACGGGUGCAAUACAGUGGUGAGUGAAGAGUAGGUCAAAGCACAUUUUUACAAAUGUAUAUUCAAAUUACAAUAUUUUACAAUUA